UAUAAUUGUGUGAGUUAGUUUCGUGUGUAGUUGUACAUCUGUCAUCUGUAACAAAACAUCAACUUUGUUAUCUCCACAUUUUUCAGUUUUGUUACCUAAUUUUAAUUCUUGUGACAACAAUCAUGAUUCGUAUUUCAAGCGUACUUACGACUGCAUCCAAAAAUUUUAACAAAUUUUUAAUCAACGGAUCUGUAAGAUGUCUUGCAACACAAUCAGUGCCAAAGGCUGUGAAAAGCGACAAGGCAGAAGCGUCCAAAAAAGAAUCUCAAUCCUUCACGAUGAAUUUAUUUCGAGGUCAAUUGCAAACAUCGCAAGUAUUUCCCUAUCCGGAACCUUUGAAUGAAGAUCAAGUUGAAACUUUAAAAAUGUUUAUUGAUCCGGUUGAGAAAUUUUUUGAGGAAGUUAAUGAUCCUGUUGCAAAUGAUAAAAAUUCAUCGAUUGAUGAAAAAACAAUGAAAGCUCUCUGGGAAAUUGGUGCUUUUGGUCUUCAAGUACCACAGGAAUUUAAUGGACUUGGCCUCAAUAAUACUCAAUAUUGUCGUUGCGUAGAAAUUGUUGGACAAAAUGAUCUUGGAGUUGGUAUUACAUUGGGAUCACAUCAAAGCAUUGGUUUCAAGGGAAUUCUUUUGUUUGGAACACCAGAACAAAAAGAGAAAUAUCUUCCACGUGUUUGUGCUGGUGAUUUUGCUGCUUUUUGUCUCACUGAACCGAGUUGUGGUUCUGAUGCAGGUGCAAUUAAAUCGCGAGCUGUAAAAUCAGUAGACGGAAAGCAUUAUAUUCUUAAUGGAAGUAAAAUUUGGAUUUCAAAUGGUGGUCUAGCAAAUAUUAUGACAGUUUUUGCCAAAACACCAGUAAAAGAUCCUGUGAGUGGUGUUGAAAAAGAAAAAGUUACCGCUUUCAUUGUGGAACGUGAUUUUGGCGGUGUCACUUCUGGACCACCCGAAGACAAAAUGGGAAUAAAAUGUAGCAAUACAACGGAAAUUUUCUUUGACGAUGUCAAAAUACCAGUGGAAAAUGUUUUGGUUAAGGAAGGCGAAGGUUUCAAAGUUGCCAUGAAUGUAUUGAAUAAUGGAAGAUUUGGAAUGGCUGCUGCUUUAUCGGGAACUCAAAUGGUUUGCAUAAAAAAAGCCGUAGAACAUGCGACACAUCGAGUUCAAUUUGGCAAGACAAUUGAUAAUUAUGGCUCGAUACAGGAAAAAAUUGCGAGAAUGUCAAUGUUGCAAUAUGUUACACAAUCACUUGCUUAUAUGAUCUCGGGAAAUAUGGACCAGGGCAGUCAGGAUUAUCAUCUAGAAGCUGCCGUGUCAAAAGUAUUUGCAUCGGAUGCUGCCUGGUGGGUUUGCGAUGAAGCAAUUCAAAUUCUUGGUGGAAUGGGUUACAUGAAAUCUGCCGGAUUAGAACGAAUAAUGCGUGAUAUACGUAUAUUUAGAAUUUUCGAAGGCACUAACGAUAUUCUUCGUCUUUUCAUUGCUUUAACUGGUAUUCAAUAUGCAGGAGGUCACUUGAAGGAGCUUCAAAGAGCAUUUAAAAAUCCUACAGCGAAUUUAGGUUUAAUUUUCGAGGCAGCUGCGAAAAGAGCAACGAGAGCAGUGGGUCUCAGUAGUUUACCUAAUUUCACUCAUUUGGUCCAUCCAAGUUUAUCCGAGAGUGCCUCUCUUUGUGCAAAGAGUAUAGAAUCGUUUGGUCAAACGAUAGAAUCCUCACUUAUCAAAUACGGAAAGGGAAUAGUGGACGAGCAAUUUAUUUUAAAUAGAAUAGCACAAGCUGCCAUUGAUACUUAUACGAUGUCAGUAGUUUUAAGUCGAGCAAGUAUGGCAGCGCGUAAAAAUUUACCAAGCGCUCAACAUGAAAUUUUAAUGACCCAAACAUGGUGUGCAGAGGCAUCGAGUCGAGUUGCUUACAAUUUGAAAAUCAUCAACAGCGGCAAGCAUUUGGAUGUUUUUAAUAAAUUAGGAAAAAUUUCAAAGACUGUUUGUGAAAAUGGCGGUUGCGCACACGUAAAUCCGCUAAAUUUCUAAAUUUAAUUCUAAUGUAAUUUAAAUGAUAAACUAACAUUAUUUGGAAUAGUUCGUCUGGAACGAAACAUAAACUGUGUUAAAUUAAUUUUAAUCGAAUAAUUUUUCUAUAAUAUAAGAGAAAAAAAAUAUAUUUUUACAAUUUUCUCUAUACGAAAUGUCAAUUUAUAAAGGAAAUUUAUAACUAAUUUUUAAAUAAUGAAUGAUGAUUAGAAGUGAUAACAGAAAUUAAUUACGAGUUUAAGAAAUUGUUGAUAAAAAAAAGUAUUUGUAUAUAUUAAUAUUUUUAAAAAUCAGCGCCCAUAAUAUGUAAUUAUCUUUAAUAAUAUUUUUUACAUUUUUUUUUUUUAUUCGAAUUAAUUCAAAAUGAUAUUAACAAUCGAUUUAAGAAUAUUUUUUUAAAUCAUAAAUACACAAUAUAUUGUAAAUAAAUAAAUUCAGUGACUGAAUUUCGAAAUCUUUA